AUGAAGUUAGCGGAAUACGUUUUAGUUAUAUGGUUCUUGGCAGCUAGUAUAGAAGCUAGCCGACUUAGACACCUAGAACAUCAAUCACACAAUUCUACGGAACCACAACACCAUUUACCACCUGGCGGUUCAGAAGUAGAGGGACGUGGAUUUUCCGGACAUGCUGCUGGCGGAUUUAGAUAUUCUGGUGAUGCUGCAGUUGGACAUAAAUUGUCUGUGGAUGUUGCAGGUGGGGUUAGCUUUCUCGGGGAUGCUGGAGACGGGCUUACAUUUUCUAGGAUGCAGCAGUUGGACUGUGAUUUUCUGGGGAUGCUACAGGCAAACUUAGAUCCUCCAAAGAUGCUGCUUCUUGAACAAUUUGUCGAUGUGCUGUAUUGUGGCUAA